AUGGCCCUUCCUAAACUCGCUGAGGAAUUGUACGCGCUGUUCGAUUCCGAGAACUACGAGAAAUGCCAAAAGUUGCUUCCUCCAAUUAAGAUCGAGUUGAUCAAGCACAACUUGCUUGUGCCUAUGGGCGCAAACACCGAGACGACGGAGCAGUUGAACGACCUCAAGAUUGCCGAGCGCAUCUUGGAAAUCGGCGCCUUGCUGCUGCUUUUAGCCGCCGAGUACCAGGCAUUUGAACACUACUUUGCUUCCUUGAGGCCAUUCUACGGGUCGGCCAGAUUACACGCCCAGCGCGAGGCCAACACAGACUCGACCAAGAUUAUUUCUCUCUUCUUGAUCUACUUGCUUUCGCAGGGCCACAUCUCGAAAUACCACGUGGAGUUGGAGCUGAUCUAUAGCUCGCCCCUCAUCGACGUGGAGAAGGACAAUUUCUUGCAGUACCCUAUUGAUUUGGAGCGCAACUUGAUGGAGGGCAACUACAUCAAGAUCUGGAAGCUGUUGCAGGACGAUGCCGACUUGCCUUGCAAAGAAUACCGCCACUUCACCAGCAGCUUGCGCAACACUUUGCGUGUUGAAAUUGCACACUCGCUUGAAAAGACCGGCGACUCGAUUCCCGUGUCCAAUUGCAAAACGCUAUUGUACUACCCCCAGGAGCAAUCGGACCUGCUGUUUGAGGCCGCGUUGCGGGAAGAACUCGAUGUGACAAGCUGGACUUUCAAGGACGGCUUUGUGUAUUUUGAAAUCGGCAAGAAUAACGCCCUGGCCUCGGACAACGCGGCCAUGAUCAAGAACGUGUUAAGCUAUGCCGAGCAAAUCGAGUCCAUUGUGUAG